UAAAUAUCCUUAUUAGAAGUUGCUAUUACACAAAGUUCUCUCGAUGCAUCAAGCUUUUAUUGUCCAUUUUCACACAACAAACGUUUCUUUUACCUACUUUACUAUUAGAAAGAAAAUAAUUUAUACUCACCAUAUUCUCCUGAAGAAGUUCUUUUUCUUGUAGCCAUGAAUUAAUCAAUAAAUAAGAAAAUUGUGUAGAUCUACAAACAGAAAAAUGAAAUAAAAAAAUAAUACAUUUCGACUUUAUUAUAGUCACCUACCUAUAGCAGAUUUUGUUAAAAAAGUUUGGAUUAUUUUAUAUUUAGAGUGAUUUGUUUUCAAAAUAUUCUUAUUUUAUCUAAAUCUUUUCUUUUCUAUAAAAACAACAACAGAAAGUAAGGUACACCAAACAAGUAAUAAGGUACUGGACAAAAGUUUAGCCUUUUUUGUUUUUGAUUGUUUUCACCUUCAUAGUUAACAUUUAAAGAGAUUCAAUAUGUGAUAUAAGUAGCUGGCAAUCUAGGCUACAAGACCCAUCUCGAGAACUUUGUGUAAUAGCAACUUCUUUUAAGGAUAUUUAUUCUUUACAAAAAAAUUCUUUUGUUUUUAGUUUUAGCUGAAAAAGAAGAAUCAUCGUCAGCAACAACAACCAACCUGAGAAGUGAUACAGAUACGACAACGCAAUUUAAAUUUAAAUAUUUUGAUUCAAAAAGAAUUGAUCCAUUCCUAUUACAAUCAUCAUCAUUCAUCCAAGUGGUUCAUUUGGUUGAAAGUUUGAUUGAAAAUAGAAAUUUAAACGUUUAUUUUGCACAUGUGGCAAUACCAGAAUUAAGACCAGUUAAUCUAUUUGAUAAACAACAAUCUUUACAAUAUUCAGAUCAAAUUAAAACUUUUCUAUGUGGGUUAGUACAAGAUCUUCGAUAUAGUGUUAAAGGUUUACCCGACGCCUACAGUCAUUUCCUUGGCAACUAUGCUGUUGAUUCAACAUCCAAGGAUGAUGUGAUUGAAUACGAUACAACGACAAUAAAUGGUAUAAUUAGUUUAGAAAAAUCGAACAGAACAACACCAGCAAUAAUCGCUAAACAAGUUUUUUUGAUUUUCGCAAAAACAUUACAUGAACUUGGCCAUGCUAGUAUUUAUAGGAGUGGACGAUUAAUGUUGUCAACAUCUCUACAUGUAAAUAAAGCAAAUGUAUGUUCUCAUACACCAGCUACCCAUGCUCUGUCUGGUGAAGCCGGGAAUGCCGUUGAGAGAUUUUUAUUUGGAUCAGUCAUUGGCACACUUGGUAAAACAAAUGGUGAUUUAUAUAUUAUUAAAGAGAUUCUACUACAAGAACAAAAACCAAAUGGUGUGAUUGACUCAUCAUGGUUACAGAGAUUUAUUGCUUUAGAUUUAACAAAUUUGAAUGAAAUUCCAAAAAUUAUUUAUAUACCGUUAACAAAUAAAAAAUUGAAAGCAGCAAAAUCAAGUCCAAAAUGCGCAGAAGCAUACAAAAGUGAUGGUGACUACGAUAGUGAAAAUGAAGACGAAGAUGAUGAACCCUUAUUAACAACGACAAACUGA